CAAGUGAAAAUACAUUAAAUUAAACCGUGUGUGCUGCUCUCGUCGUAUUUUAUAUGUUACCGUGAUAUUUUGAAAUUAUUUUUAUUUUAUUUAAUAUUUUUUUUUAUUUUUUCAUCGCGGUAAAUAAAAAAAAGAGAAAAACGACGAAUAUUUAUAAUAUUCAUUUAUGUAUUAAUGUCGCGCCAUUCUAAUACAAAAAUACACACAACAAAUAGUAAUAAUAGGAACGUUAAUGAAUUGAAUAGAACAAUCACAACAAGUCAGUGCGCGAGACCCUCCUGCAACUGAAAUAUCGUAACGGCAACAAAAAUUUUAAUCCGGACAAAUUAUUGUUCGCAUUGUGUCUCUUUUUCUAAAUAGUAAUAAUAAUAAGAACAACGAGGCCUCGUAAAAGGAGGAUGACAGUGAUAAAUUUCGACAACAAGUCCAGAAAGUAAAUAUAGAAACAGACACAAUAAAAUAAACAAAGACACGCAAAGUAGCCGCCCGGUUGAUCGUACACAGGUGCAUAUUUUUUUUUCUAUGUCAAAUAUUACCUCACUGUGUGUUGCUCGUCGGUCGUGGCGUGUUUAGUCAGUAUUUAGUUGCAAAGUGAUGUCGAUGCGGCGUCUACUAAAUAUCAAUAAAAAAAAAAUAAAUGAAUGAAAAAUAAAAAACUUGGAUUUUUUCUCCAGUUUAGUUGAAGUUAAGAAAAAAAUGAGUGAAAUUCAACGACGAUAAUUACAAGCACAAAACACUUUUACGUCGAACUACGAUAAACAAUCAAAAGGAAUACAAUUAAAUAUAUAGAUUUUCACAAGUUGUUCAACCUCUGUAGUUGAACUUCCGCCAGCUGUGAAGCGACGCCUUUAUUCAUCUAGUCAACAACGAACUGCUUUUGUGGCACAAAAUCACAUCAAAAUCAACGACGAAAUCAAUCCUCGUGUAUUUACAUAAGCUUUUGCCACAAUUGAUAACGAACAAGAUAAAAUAAAUUCAAAGAAAGAAAGAAAUAAUUAAAUUAUCAAAAAGUGAAUCAAUCAAAAAAUUUAGCACGUCUCCAUUUUAAGACAAAGCAAGUUUUGGUUGGAAAGUAGUGCAAUUAACUUCUGUUGGAAUAUUAGCAAGCACGUGUUAACAAGAUUUCCAUUUUAACCUGAAUUUUAGCACAUUUCGUGGAUUAGAUAGAGCAACAAACAAACAGUUGAGAUUAUACGCCGCCGCCAUGAAGUCUCAACCUAUGAUAAUCGCCACGUUUUUCUUAUUUUUCACACUUACCGCUGCCGGUCCGCUGGAUACCUCCUGCCCCAUAGGAUGUGCCUGUAACAUAACCUCAAGUCACGCAAAAUGUACCACACUCUCCGGACUCAUCCGUUUCGAUCGUACCAGUUCCUUGGAGUCCUUGGAUUUGUCGAAUCUUGGUUUGAGGAAAAUCACUUCGCAUUUGGACAAGUUUCCGAAUUUGGAGAAAAUUGAUUUGUCUGGAAAUAGAUUGUCUGAAGUUAAUAAACUUCCAAAGGGAAUUACUGAUUUGAAUUUGAGCAAUAAUCGUAUUACCAGUGCAAAAUUAGCAAAGAUCCCAAAGUCUGUUGUGAAUCUCAACUUGAGUGAGAAUCACAUCACGUAUGUGCCACAUUCGAUCAUGACGCUGAAAUACCUUCGACAUUUGGAGUUGAGUGGCAAUCCGAUAAACUGUACUUGUGACACUUUGGCAGUACGGAAUUGGUUGAAGGCACAACAUGUCUGGAUGGAUCGUCACAUCAUCUGUAUGGCUCCGUUGAAGUUCAAGGGUCGUCCAUGGUUGCAAAUGAAACAAGCUGAAGUUUGUGAAGUUACAAUUGCCACAAAAAAGGCUACCAAGUUCACUUCAAAGUACAAUUGGGAUGAAAUUGAGAACGACAAUGAACUGAUGCAAGGAGAUCAAGCUGCCGAAGGUUCAGGUGAUGAAGAAGUUGUAUUGGAAAAUCACGAAUACGACGAACAAGAUGAAUAUUCAAAUGAACCAGUAGAUGAUCCAAAAGAUGAGGAUGUCGAUGAUUACGAUGAAGAAGAAGAUGAAAAGGAAGUUCAUGAAAAUCCUGAAAUCAAAGAAGUGAAACAAGAACUUUUCAUCCCAGUGAUUGAAAGCACGACAACUACUUCAACAACAACAACUACAGAAUCCACGCCAGUUAAUGAUGACAAUGAUGAUGAAGAGGAUAAUGACUAUGACGAAGGUUCUGGUGACGAUCCAAUUCCAGUGGUAUCUGUAUCUUCAACAACAACUGAAGAAGAACCAUCGUCAUCAACAACUGCCGCUCCAAUGGUUAGUGAGUCAGUAUCUGAUGCUGAUGAUGAUUAUGACGAUUAUGGAAGUGGUUCCCCACAACCUGUAGUCCCUGUUGAAAUGCCCAGCAGUACAACAGAAUCAGAUCUGACUUUCACUGAAACCACAGAGCCUACUGAAGUUGAGGAAGAUACCACUGAUGCAGUUCCUUUGCCAGAUCUUGACAUUUUCGACGAAAGUCUUGCUACAUCCUCAACUACUGAAGAUCCCGAAGCCGUUGUUGUUGGUCGUGCUGGAGAUGUUGAAGGUGACAAUACCGCUGAAGACGCUGCUAAAAAAGCAAAUGUUAUGCAAGCCAGUUCAGACGACAGUAAAAACACGUUCAUCCUCUUGGGAGUUCUCGGUGUCUUACUUGUCGUUCUCAUCAUUUACGUCUCAUGCAAAGACAAGAGUUCCAAACGUAAUCGUCGUGGCAAAGGCGACGUCGAAAAUGGUCCCGCACGCGAACUCAAAGAGAUGAACAAAGACCUGCUCGGCAAGGAACGUCAAAACGGACAUUCGGCGCCAAAAGGAGGUAAUGUACCCGAAAAAAGUCCCCUCAUGAAAAACGGGCAUGAUAAACCGACAAACGGACAUUCCUUCCCCGCUGUUAGUCCCAAUAAAAUGACUGACGAAGUCGAUCAUCCCGCGAAUUCAUCUCCCAUGAGCACGUUCAAACCCAUCAAAGAAACUCCCGUGCAAGAAAAACCAGAGCCAAAUAACAAUCAUGUGAAUGGCAGUGCGAUGCCUGAAGUGCAUGAACCUACGCCUGCAUCCCCCAAACGAUACAGUCCCGUGUAUACGCCUCGCACCCCCAAACUCGGCAAUCACCAUACAAGCGCAGAUCCCAAAUACAGUCCUGUUUAUUCACCAGAAACGGGACGUGUGAAAAUCAAGGCGACCGAAACCCCGAGAGCGAAGACCCCGGUGUUGGUAACGCGGACAAAGUCAUCCGCAGGCGAUUAUGUCACGGAACAAGUUUGAUGGAACGAUUUUUAGCUAUGAUUUUUUUUAGAUAAGGAAUAAAAAGCGACACGAGUACUGUAAUUCUUCAAAUUUAAUUUUGCGCUUUUUCGAUAAAAAAAAAAUUAAUUAUUUUAGUAAGAAAAAAGUACUUUUAAAAAAGAAAUUUCUUAAAAAAAAAAUCUUUGGAGACUUUCCUAUGUGCCUAUAUAUAAAAAAUUAACAAAAUUUUAAACUUAAUAUUCGCGUGUGAUGGAAAAUUAAUUUAUUUCAUUCAGAAUAAAAUUCACCUAUUUCGUUCAAGAGUCUGAUUUAUCUCCUAUUUACGUUUUAAUAAAUUAAUUAAUUAUUAUUUUCAAAGCGAAUGACGACGAUAAGCUCAAAAAAGUAGGCCUUUGCAUGCUAUGUAAGUAAUAAAGAAUAAAUCAUUUCUAAAUAUAAACCUACAAAGUAAUGUUGAAUCUAGGACGUUAAGAGAAUGAUAAAGAGAAACAAUCAAUUACGCUAAAUUUUUAAGUAGAUAAGAUACCAAAUAAUACCUAAUACAUAAUUUUAUAAGAGAACAUAAAUCAAGAUAAGGGCAGCUCUGUGUCAAAGUCCGUCUUUCCUAAAAGGACAUGAACUUCCAUUUAUUGAGAAAAGAAAUUCGAAGGGUUAAUUUUGUUAUUUUUGAAAUUUUGUUAGUUUUAAUGCGUUCGAGAAAUAAAUUUUAUUUUUAUUGAAAAACAACUCUGUUCAUAGAUGUUAUAAGAAAACCUAAAAUAAUCCUAUUAAUAAAAAAUUAAAAGCUGUAAAAAUAUCUAAACCGUAUUUAAAUUAAAGUAAUAUUUUAUGAAGAAGUAAAAUAAA